CUUAUUCUGAGUGUCGACGGCGCACGAACAACCUUUCUACUGGUAUUCCAUCAUGAGCCUGCCCGCCAUUGAACUCGCCGAGCGGUCUGCGUGGACGGCGCUGCAUGCCCUCCUGCUCGAAUACCCCUCCAGCGCCGAAGAGUGCGACGACUACGGGAUGCUGCCGCUUCACUGGUCAUGCACGGACCCGUCUGUCACGGCCGCGGUCGUCCAGACGCUCCUAGAUUUGCAUCCAACCGGAGCUCAAACCAAGAACACAGCGGGCCUGUUGCCACUCCACAUCGCCGUGAAAGCCGAGAUCGACGUUCCUAUCGUCGACAUGAUCCUUCAGGCAUACCCAGCGGCCUUGAACGUGCGCACUCCCCACGGCGACACGCCCGGCGACCUCGCGCGCAAACUGGCGAGUUCGCCCGAGCUCUGCGACGUCCUCCACAUCAACUACGACGCCCCGUGCCGCAUCUCAAUGGAGUCUGUCGUGUCCAAAUCUCGCUCGAGCAGUUGCAGCUUUGGCGAGUCCCAAUAUGGAGGCAGCACGAUGUCCAACGUGCACUUGCCUCCCCGGUGGCAGCACGAGAAAGCAUGCCAUGUGUGCCAAGCCAAGUUCGGUCCGUUUCGGUCCCGCCAUCAUUGCCGCGGCUGCGGCGUAUCCGUGUGCAACGCGCACUCUCGCGGUCGCAUGGCGCUGCCCAACCUCGGCCUGCAGUCGCUGCAGCGUGUGUGCGCGGCGUGCUACGAAGAGUUCAACCCGGACGGACCCGGAGUCGGCUCUCUCACGCUCACGUCGAGCCGAAAUGUCCGCCGCAUUCGAUCGCAGACCGAGGACUUCCUCAAAUCUUCCUCAUCUAGCAGUCGAAGCAUCUUGGCACACAAGGCCGCGUUCUUGCUGCAGCAUCCUAGGCAACCCGAGGCCGACCGCGCAUCCGACGCCACCCGCCCGUCGAGAACGUCGUCCGAGUCGUCGCACGACAUUGACUUGUUGACGGAAUCGAUCCACACGUUGAACCGUACCAAGGCGAUGUUGCAGGAGCAGUUGCUAGCAACGCAUAUCGAAGGCCAGCAACGUUCCCAGCAACAACACACUGAAUAUUGGCCGCAGGCCCAGCAUGCCUCUGGCACCGUAGUGGACGUUGCGCAAACCCAACAUUUGCUUGGGGUAGCGCUGGCCGAUAAAGGAAGCACGGCGGCAGCGAUAGACGCGCUGCGCAAGAGUUUGGCGAACCAGCCCACGGCCGGGGCCUGGUAUGAUUUGGGGAGGUUGCUACAUGCGAUAGAGAACGAAGACGCUGCCGAAGAUGCGUUGAGAAAGGCGUUGGCGAUGAGUUUGGACGAGUCGAAGCAAAAGAUAUUGACAAUGCUUGGCAAGGUCCUGUACGCAAAAGGUGACUCGAGCGCGGCGCUAGAUGUGUUUCAGCAAGCCCUGGGGGACUUUUCCCAUGCGGCGGACGAAAGCAGCGACGAGGAGGCCGUGGGAUCUGCGACAGCGGAAUUCUAAUUCCCUUUCCCAACCCCCCCUUUCUUUGACUUUGCAUCUGUACUGUAUCGCAUAUACUAGUACACCGGAUGAUGGUUUCACCGUGCAACGCUGCACCUUGCAAUGUGAAUUCAUCAACACAUAAAAGUUAAGCUAG